AUGACAAUGAUGCUGAAGGGCACUCACGCUGAGCUGAUUGGAAUUUAUACGGGAAUCCAUGCAAAAUUCUCCAAAGGAGAUUUUUACUCCAUUGGUGGUCUAGCCCCCGGCAAAAUGCCUCUUCAAUGGCAUCUAUUGAUAUACGAGCCUGACAACGAGCAGAAUGACGAGCAGUGUAUCGCGAUGCACUCCAACGAGACAAUAGCAGACACUAUCAGCUGGACGUACGAACUGGUAGCUGUUACAACUUACAAGUUCCACAAUAUCGCGCUCAACUAUAGCCGCGCUUUUAUGGCGUGUUCGGCGGAGGGCUUGGACUUGGCCAUCAUAAACAGCGAAGUUGAAGGCCACGUGCUGUCAGCCGUUAGAAGAAGCCGGAACGGGCAGCUGGAAGACAGGUCAUGCUCCGAGCGAGCGAGCUUCGUCUGCGAAAAGUCAGUGGACAGUCUAUUGAUUGAUUAG